AUGGCAGAACCAAAUGAGGUAAAUACCGCGAGAAGUUUCACAACAUAUCAAGUGAUACCUCCGUCGAAAUUUAGCUUUAAAUCCUCGGAGUGGACCCGAUGGAUUCGUCGCUUUGAGCGAUUCAGAAUUGCGCCAGAACUCGACAAGAAAGAGGAAGCCAAACAAGUCAACGCGCUUAUAUAUACUAUGGGCGACGAGGCAGAUGACAUAAUAACAUCGUUUGGUCUCAGCGAACAAGAAAUCAAAAGCUACGAAACAGUUCGAGACAAGUUUGAAAAUCACUACAUCGCCAAACGAAACGUUAUUUUCGAAAGAGCAAAGUUCAAUGUUCGAAUUCAAGACGAAAACGAACCUGUCGAAAGUUUUAUUACCGACCUGCAUUGUCUUGCUAAAUAUUGCGAAUUUGGCGUAUUAAAGGUUCAGCUAAUAAGAGAUCGCAUCGUCGUCGGACUGAGAAAUAAAAAGUUGUCUGAGAAAUUACAAUUAGUUCCAGAUCUUACUUUAGCGAAAGCCAUGGCUCAAGCCAGACAAAGCGAGGAAAUCAAGGAACAACAAAACAUUAUUCAUGGACAAAAAUCGACCGGAAGCAGCGAGCAUAAUAUUGACAACAUUUCUAAGAAUAGAAAACAACCCUCGCGGGAUUCGCGCGAAAAAAAUUUAACGACAGAAAAUACGGCAAAAUGGACGGCAAACCCAAAUGUACGCGGUGUCUCGGACCAGCGCACUCCAGGCAAUUGUGCCCAGCAAGUGAGUCUAUCUGUAAUAACUGUUUAAAGAAAGGACAUUGGGCAAAAGCAUGUCGAAGCCAAGCAAGCCAACAACUUCGCAAGAAACAAGUUAACGAACUAACUUCCCGCCAAGAAACCGAGGAGGAAAUUUCGUCUGAGGAAGAUGUCUACUUUUUGGGCGAAGUCGUACACCUCGACACUAUCAAUAAAUCUGGCAAUAAACCGUGGACUGCAGACAUAAAGAUAAACGAAACAAAUAUUUUAUUCAAAAUCGACAGCGGCCCUGACGUCACAGUGAUACCUUUAACAGUAUAUCAACAACGAAAACUACAGUCAACACUCAAGUCAACUGGCAAAGUUCUUAUGGGCCCGUGCAAUUACAAAAUGAACUGUAUAGGAACAUUCACUUCACAGCUGCCACGAGGACAAGACAACUACAAAGAAAUAUUCGUCUUUAAAGGACUCGAAAGAUCAUUAUUAGGAAGACAAGCAGCCCACAGUCUGAAUUUACUCAACUGUGUCGACGCUCUAAACAGCAACGAAAUGAAAGAAAGCGUCAAAGAAAAGUAUCCCAAUCUUUUCACUGGUCUUGGACAAAUUAAAGACCAAGAGUAUGAUAUUAAAGUCACGCACGAAGCAACACCUUUUGCAAUCACGGUUCCACGACAAGUUCCGAUACCACUUCAAAAAGAAACCGAACGGGAAUUACAAAGAAUGGAACGCAACGGCGUAAUAUCUCGAGUUGAAGAUCCAACCGAAUGGUGCGCCCCGAUGGUUGUAACACCAAAAAGCAAUGGAAAAGUUCGAGUAUGCGUAGAUCUCACAAAGCUAAUCAGUUCGUGCAACGUGAAAACCAUCCCCUACCAACAACCGACACGACAUUUGCAAACCUUGCUGGAGCUCGGUAUUUUACAAAGUUAG